GCCGCGCCCGCGCGCUCCGCCCCGCGACCCGGCGGAUGAAUCUAUCAUGGCGCCGCGUCGCGGUCGUGUUUUGCGGUAGAGGGCGAAGUUUGUCGACUAAAAAGCGUCUCGCUCUGCGCGCUCGCGACUAAUUAACGCGGCGCCGACAUCCAGGGACCUUCUCCCUCUCGCCCACGGACGUCUACGUCCUCUCGUCCGACGCCCGUCAGAGGGCCGCCGACGCGACUAGGCCUCCGCCUCGCACCGCUCCUCGGCUAGAAGCCCUGCCGGCCUCCCCCUCGCCUCGUCCCGCUGAGCGAGCCAGGCCGCGCCGGUUUGCUGCCUCCCCGCCCCCGCGGGGCCCGGGGGUUUGGUUUGCCAAGCCAUGGCGCACCUAAACGUACAGAAUUCAUGCGCCGAUCCCGAGGAGUUGUUCACCAAGCAAGAGCGCAUUGGCAAGGGGUCAUUUGGUGAGGUCUUCAAGGGCAUCGACAACCGAACCAAGGAGGUAGUGGCCAUCAAGAUCAUUGACUUGGAGGAGGCGGAGGAUGAAAUUGAGGACAUCCAGCAAGAGAUCACGGUGCUCAGCCAGUGCGAUUCGCCCUACGUCACCCACUACUUCGGCUCGUAUCUUAAGGGCACAAAGCUAUGGAUCAUCAUGGAGUACCUGGGAGGAGGGUCUGCCCUCGACCUGAUAAAGCCCGGUCCACUGGAGGAGCAUCAAAUUGCGACUAUUUUGCGGGAAAUCCUGAAAGGGUUGGAUUACCUCCAUUCAGAGAGGAAAAUUCACAGAGACAUCAAAGCUGCCAACGUCCUUCUGUCCGAACAAGGCGACGUGAAGCUAGCGGACUUUGGUGUGGCUGGCCAGCUCACCGACACGCAGAUCAAGCGCAACACUUUCGUAGGCACCCCCUUCUGGAUGGCUCCCGAAGUCAUCAAACAGUCAGCCUACGAUUUCAAAGCAGACAUCUGGUCUCUGGGAAUCACAGCCAUUGAGUUGGCCAAGGGGGAGCCACCCAACUCAGAGCUUCAUCCCAUGCGGGUGCUGUUCCUCAUUCCCAAGAACAACCCUCCCACGUUGGAGGGAAACUACAGCAAGGCCUUCAAGGAGUUUGUUGACUCAUGUCUAAACAAGGACCCUCAGUUUAGACCAACGGCCAAGGAACUGCUUAAACACAAGUUCAUCCAGCGUAGUGCCAAAAAGACGUCCUACCUGACGGAGCUCAUUGACAGGUACAAGCGUUGGAAAGCCGAAGGCCAUGACGAAGGCUCCAGCUCCGGAGAUUCUGAUGACGACGAGAACGAAGGACCUAACUCUGAAACGGACGACUGGACUUUUACGAUGAAGCCGCGGUUCAAGGGGAUACACAACGGCUCACUGGGACACGCCACACAGAAACUCCUACCAGAGCUGCCUGAACCAGUAGCCCCCCCGGUUGAAAAACCAGUUGUGCAGCAGCAGCAGAAAUCACAGUGCUUGGCCACGUUAAUCGACCCGCUCUUUGCAGAGCUGAAGGAAAAGCACAGAAGCAGCGGAAAGAAUGUGUUGGCAGUGGAGGAGCUUGAGAAUGCCUUCGGUCUGGCCGAGGAAGCUUGUCCUGGCAUAUCCGACCGACUUAUCUCCCAGCUUGUUGACAGAGUCAGAAGAUUUUCUUCGAAUACCGCAGGAGCAUCUCCAGCUCAGUGACGCGGAUGAGGGGGGGGUGGUGGCUGUGACCGACCGUAAGAACCUGGGGAAUGCCAUCAUGAAACGGGGACUUGUGACGUUCGAUCCUGUAUAAAAAAAAUUAAGGCAUGUGUUUUUGUUGUUGAAAGGGGGGGACAGGUGUCAACAGUGCCUGUGCCGGCCAGGGUGGUGUUAUAGAGAGGGAGAAUUGUUUGGAGCAUGCAGGCGUGCGUGCGUGCAAGUGCGAAUGGAGUGAGUGUGCAGAGAUAAACAAAACAAAUAGUGGCAGGACAAACUUCUAUUCUUGUGUAAAAUAGCACCAACAACGACGACGUCUUUUGAGAUUUGGCACAAACUGGCACCAGCCCCAUUAUUUGUGAUGACACACUUUACAGAGCUGAUGGGUCAUUUUCCACCACGUGCUUAUUUAACAUUUACUCUCGUUAAGCAAAUAAUCUGAUAGCAGUAUAUUAAAAUGUGUAUAUAUGUACUUUUUCUUUUUUCAAAUACUCGUAAAUCACAUUUUCUUUCCCACUGAUUAAAUUCUCUGCUCUUGGGUAUAUGCUAGAAUAAUCCCUUCAUAAGUUAAUAAAACAAGUAUGUAAAAAUGGUUCUUUAUUUAAAUAAAAAAAAGCAUGCGCCUGUGCUUUUCAAUGUGGUCAGACCAUUAAUAAAAAUAUGUUCUUGGGUACUUUAAAGUUUGUAACAAUUUAAUGUGAAUCUUCGCAUUCCUAAUAUUAAUCGAAGAAUAGAAACACCUAAAAAUAACUAAUGCAUCCUACAAUGCAUUGUUUGCCCAUUGUAAGGUAAUUUGCCUAAUCACUCAGCAUGCGAAACAAGACAUAAUUUUCUGAUAAAAUAUAAUCUAGCAAUUAGUGAUGUUAUUAAGUCAUCUAAUCAACUGUGCCCUAGAACCUGAUUUUCUAUUUAACAAACGGUCAGUUUCAUGUAAAACUGUAGGUAAAAAAUGUACAUGAACACAUGCAUAGGUUGAAGUGUAAAUAUGCAAAUCAGGGCUGGUAGCCAGUAACAGGUAAAUCUUGCCAUGUGACCCAUCACAUCAACUCACUCAUCGUUAGUAUUUUUUUCUAGAUUUACUGUACUUUGUAUGCUGAUCAGAUUACUUUUGUUUCCUUGUGUAUAUGAGGUAUAUGAUUACGUGAACAUAUUUUUGUGUAGGGGUUAUUUUCGGCAGUUUCAAUACAUAUAUUCUGCUUUACAAAAAAAAGAAAAAAAUAGAAAAAAAAAUUACACUUUGUAGGCUAAUAUUCAUUACACGUUUGCCAUAUCAGCAGAGAGUUAAAAAAAUGUAUGCGGUGUAACAUAAUGGUGUACAGUAUUGGAACACUGGUGGCAUGUUAAAGUUGAUGGCUUGCAUUUCACAGCGGGUUUGCCAAGUGGCUAUCUUCCUUUUCCGUGCCCCCAAUGUGUGGCCUUGAACCCAAGGCUCGCCAUGUGAUGAGAGCGCAAUAAAUUAUCACCCCCCCCCCCGUCACCCGCCCUGGCCCACGCACCUGGCAUGUGACGGGCGCAAACCUCUGUCGCUGGAGACAAAACGAAAGCGUGCAUGAAUAUUUUAACUUUUAAUUCGCUGGGUCUGCCUGGAUUGCUACGUACAGACAGUACCGGUUUGACCAAAUUAUGAAAACGAUAGGAGGUGGUGGGGGGGAAAGGCCAUACACAAGGGGCUGUUCUCGUUUUGAUGACGUUAUAACUUUUUUUUAUUUCCCCUUCCCAAGCAAGACCAGCUCCGAUUGGCUGUUGGAGCUCAAGUUGGCCGUUGCCUUAUUGGUUUCCGACGGGCCCUUCUUGACGCUUGUGGUUGGCCUUGGGACGGAAGUAAUCGUAGUGCGACGAGGCCAUCGUAGAGUUUUAUUUUUCCUCUCCUGUCUCCAUCUCUUGGUGAGCCCUGGGCACUUGAACAAGAUUGUUGGCGUCUGCCGGAUUUAAAGAGAGAGAGAGAAAAAAUAUAUAUAUUGUUCUUUAAGAGUUCGAAGCCCACCUCUUAAGGGUAAUUUGCCAGUUUUUCAGACUUUAAAUGGCAAAUGUAGUUUCAUCCUGUCCAAAGGUGCUUCCCCUUUUAGAAAACGCAGAAUUACUCAUGCUCUAAUCAGCCUAAACAAGAGUCUUUAUAUGCCCUGCAACCGUAAAGGAAAUGUAGAGUUACUUUUUGUUUAGUUCUGGUUAAAAAACUGACGCAGUAUACAUAGUGCAUUUAUUUUAUGGGGGGGGGGGGGGGCGGGGGAAGAUAGGGUGGAUGAAUGGGUGGUUCGCUUUAUUAUGACAUUAACUCUGAACACUUAAAAGUUUUGUCAUUUGAAAAAUUGUUUUGUUGUGUAAGAAAAUGUAGCUAUUUUGACCCAAGAGUCUUGAUUUAAACAUGUAACCUAUUUUAAUCCACAUGAAAUAAAAAAAAUAGCAACACCCCCAAAAAGGUGAUGGUCUAACACCAGUCUCAAGGGGGUUUUAAUAGUUAAGUUGCACUAUAACGAGGUCAAUUUAACAUUAGCCCUUUGCAUUUAUUUCCCGUUGAAUAAAACAAAUAUUUCACCGCAAAUUUGGCAUAGCCUAGAGCGUUCAACUUUUUUGCGCCCGAGUAACAAAAACGGCAGACUGGCGGAUGCUCGAGGAGUGGUUUUCCCAACCUUGUGGUGCCGCUAACCACACUGAUGCUACUCCGACAGGCCAUGGCAAAGUGGACCGUGGAACUGUUAGCAGAUAUUUUAGUUUUUUCACAACAACGUGGAGUUUUUUGUGGUCCGUACAAAUUUAGUGUGGGGGUCGGCAAUGGUCCUCGGGUUCAGAAAAGGUUGGGAAAGCAGCACUGCUGUGGUUGGACUCUAUCGCUCCUGGCAUAGGCGAGGCGCGUGGUAUGCAUUUCCACUUUUAUUUUCAGUACACUGUAUGGUACAAUUUUAAGUUAAUUUCUAUGCUUUGGGAAACACCUCUAGGUCGUUUCUGAGGUUGAACAAUACAGCAUCCAUCAGCGCUCCGGGAAUGGGGAGGCAGCCUUUGGGUGCAAUGAUCACAUUGUGAAAGUGCCCAUCGAAGGUUUAUUUAUGGAAGAGCUUUGUUGGUGUGGGGAUUGAGACAUUGAAUGCUUCAACUGGCCAAAUUGUAUUUUUUUGUUGUGUAAAUUUUAAUCAAGCUCACCCGUUACCAAUUUCACCACAAGGUACAAUAUACAAUAAAAAUGAUUCUUUUACAAAGAU